GUUAGCCCGUUUCGGAUACUUUCGGUUUGAAUUCAAAGCGUGGCGGCGUGGCGACGUUUUGGAGUAGUCGAGUGUGUUGUGCCUUCUAAAUGCAUGAAAAUAUAUUUUGACAUUGUACGCGCUUCAGAAUGUGCAGUGUUGUGUGUAACAUUUGACGCACAUAAGCUGUUGAAGACGUGUUGUUGCCUUGCCAGCGUUGUGGAAAUGAUGGCCUCCUCACGAGUUGACGACGUUUGCUAUUUUGGCAUCUUUUUAGCAUUGCUCUUGCGAUGGGGUACAUCGUUGUACCCCUACUCGGGCGCUGGUAAGCAACCCAUGUUUGGAGAUUAUGAAGCUCAGAGGCAUUGGAUGGAAAUUACUGCGAACCUGCCAGUUCACGAAUGGUACAGAAAUAGCUCCCAGAACGAUCUGCAGUACUGGGGGCUAGACUACCCUCCACUGACGGCAUACCACAGCUGGAUAUGCGGGAAAAUCGCUUCAUUUAUUGAUGACCGAUGGGUGGCCCUUCGGAGUUCCAGGGGCUUUGAAAGUUACGAGCACAAGUUGUUUAUGCGAUAUACUGCAUUGAUUUCGGAUGUCUUGAUAUUCUUUCCUGCAAUUUUCUACUUCUGGUUCGCUGCAGCAAGAUCUUCCAUAAUGAAACCAAGGGAUAUUGCAGUGGCAAGCACAGCGAUGCUAUUGCAUCCAGGAGUGAUUCUGAUUGACCACGGACACUUCCAAUAUAAUUGCGUGAGCCUCGGCUUGGCCUUGUGGGGCAUUGGGCUUGCGGAGACUGACCACUUGCUGUUGUCAGCUCUAGCGUUCUCACUCUCACUUAAUUAUAAGCAGAUGGCUUUAUAUUAUGCCAUCCCAUUCUUCUGUUACCUUCUCGGCACUUGCCUCACAAGAAAAGGACUGCUCGCCAAAUUGAGGCUGUUCUUAUCACUGGCGGUCGUCGUAGCUAUGACGUUUGCAGCUUGUUGGGCACCAUAUCUAAGGAAUUUGGAUGACACUACACAAGUGCUGAAGCGCUUGUUCCCGGUCGGCAGAGGCCUUUUUGAGGAUAAGGUUGCCAACAUUUGGUGCACCCUGUCCGUGGUGGUCAAACUGAAGAAUCUUUACUCGCCUUCCCUACUUGCGUGGCUCAGUGGAGUUCUCACACUGGCUGCGGCUACUCCGUCUGCGGUCGACCUCUUGCUACGUCCCACGACCGAACGCUUCCGCCACUGCCUCGUAAAUUGUUCCCUAGUUUUUUUUCUUUGUUCCUACCAAGUUCAUGAAAAGACCAUUCUAUUCCCUGCACUAGCCUUUUACCUUUUACUUCACAAGCACCCAGCGUCAGUUCUCUGGUUCUCUAUAAUAGCUACAUUCAGCAUGUUCCCGCUCCUCCUCAAAGACGGGCUCGUCAUCCCGUACAUUGCACUUGGAAUGCUCAACGUAGUUUUGUUCUACAAGGCAUAUCUCGAAAAAAGUGCAUGGCCCCCAAAAUUUACUGUAGUGUUCACGUUGUCUGUCGUCGGUUGCGCAUUACUGAAUAUCUGUCACCUGGCUGUGCAACCACCAACAAGAUACCCUGACCUCCACACAGUUUUAAAUGCCAUUUAUAGUUGUGGGCAUUUUGUGCUCUUUGCUGUGUACACACAUUACUUGCAGUUUACUCUCCCUGCAGAGAGGUACACAAAGGUCAAAAGGAAAUGAGCUUCUCAAUCCUGUCCAGUCCAGGUUUUAGGACAAGGAGAUCCCGCUACAUUCUGUACAGCGAAUUGAAAACUUCAGUAUCCGUUGUUUAAGUAGUCUUUAUUCAAAAAAAUAACUAGUUUUACAUAUAGUGUAAAUAAGUCUUGGAUAACAUUUCUUUCACUGAAUUGUGUGUGGUCACGAAUAUUUCCAUUGCAUAAUGAGUACAUUUCUGACUAAGGCACUUCUGAGGCUUUUUAACAACACAUGCAUUUCUGCUAUGCCAGAACAGUUUCCUUGCAGCAGACUCUUGAUAUUUUAUUUUUAUUUGGAAGGGUACAGGGACAUUUUGUACUAAAUAUACAGGGCAACACACCCUUACACGAAAAGAAUAAUAGCAUUGUUUCAAAGUACCUUUCAUACUUAACAUAAACAACCUUAACUACAUGCGUUGUGCAUAGAGCCUUGUGCUUUGGUAAAAACCCCAACAUAAGCCACCCGACUCUUACCCCUCUGAUUUGCAUCACCGUCACUUCGGUUAAAACCCUGAAGAAAACAUUGUGCACACUCACACACUUAUUAGGCAAAGGUGAAAAUGAAAUACAAUGCACUCAGCAUAAAACAUGGAGACAAAGUUCUAGUUUUCCACAGUGUCUCCAGCAAUAUAUAAUUAGAGCCUGAAGUUUUCGGGAAAUAUUUAUUUCUAAAUUUGGGGUGUAAAAAUCGGGUAAAUAAACAUGCACACUAAAUUCAUGCGAAUUCGGGUGAAAAAAACUUCCAGUACACUAAAAUUUUGAGAGAAAACGGGCUCUAUUACAAACGAACUGUACUGGUUUGGUACAAACGGUGAUGUAACUGCAUUUGCUGCCAAACAAGUAAGUUAUUGCAUUCCUACAUACGUCGCAGUGAAGGCAAUUUGCUGGUUAAAUAUGGGGUUUCACCCUACAGUGUCAACCUUCAAUUCGGGGAAGAAUCGAGUAAAACCCUAAAACUUCAGGCUCUAAAUAUAUUUGCCUCUGUACACUAAGAAUGGUUCAGCAAACAACUCAGAUGGAGAGUAAUCACUGGAAAUUGCUAAAUGGUUGAUUGUGUCAAGGAAACGAAUCGGGGACGGCCGCCGGAGUUCCUGAGAAGCACUGCCCAUAGAAGCAGGUGUAGCUUGAAAAUACAGAUCUUCCUUGUCACUUUAUGCGCAAAUAAAGUGGCCAAGGCAAAACAUGUUUUGGCAGAGCCUCUUCAUUGCACAAGGUGGCAAAAAUUUGACAAACCAUCACCACCUGUGCAUGAAAGCUAUUUGGUGACAGUGUUGCAAUAUUGUGACAGUCCAAUGUAUUAUAACUGCUUUUACCACGUAUAGAGCAUAUAUGGUUAAAACAAAUAAUUGCAACAAGAAUUCUAUUGUGGAUGGCAUGCAUAUCAUCUUUGUUAUAAUGCUGCAAAUAUCACAAGAAUAACAGCUUUGGCACUUGGGUAAUGUUAGUAAGGCAAAUAAACUAGCAAUACAUAGUGAAUACAUUGCAUCCAGACUAGCUAUGACACCACAUGCUCAAAGGCAAGGUCAUGUGGAAUACUUAUUGUACAACGCCUGUAGAUAUCACAAUAUGAGACUGGACUACAUAACAUAAGUACAUUGUGGGAACAAUCGUAUUAAGUAGCAAAUCGGGAAGGUGGUAACGCUUCCCUAGUCUUCAGGGCGCACUGCCUAUGCCUACCCUGCUUCAGGUGGUGUUAGACAGGUCCACUGACCAAGCUCGGCAGGUUUUACAAUGAAUAACAUCCGGGAUGUAGUGCAAUUUACAGCAGGUGUUCACACAGGUGUCUUAUAAUUUUAAGCAUGACAUGGGCAGAGAAGCUGUAUUCCGAAUAUAGCAAAAUUGUAGCAUAGUAGCCCUGAGAAGAGGCACUGUUUGGGCAUUCACUGAAAACACAUUAGCAAAUAAAUAAAAUUGAAUUAU